UAAAAGAAGAUAUAAGCAAAUCACAACUUGUGGCUGUGAGUCAUGGAAGAGAUGAACAAGCCGUUUGGCUCUCUAACUCUUUGAUCUCCAUCUCUUUUUUUCUCUCAUCACCACGUACUCGAUCCCCAAUAAUGGCUACUUCCUUCAAUUUCCCAACUUUUCAAGCCCACCAUCCUCUUCACAAAUCCAACUUUCUUGGGCACACCAACUUCAUUCACAAAUCAUCAUCUUCUUCUUCUUUCCCAAAGCAAUCAUCAAAUCAAAUCAUAAUUAGCCCCCCAUGUGCAAAGUUCAACCUUUUUGAAAUCUUGGGUGGCAGAGGCCUACUAGGUGAAGAAGGCCUUCAAGAAGAACUAAAGAAAACUCCACCAGAAGCCUCACCACCACCACCACCAUCAUCAGCAACAGCAGCCAAUGACCAAGAAAAUGCUGCCACAUUUCCUGAAGAUGGUUUUGAAAAAGAGUUACUAGGCCUAACUGGUGGAUUUCCUGGUGGCGAAAAAGGCCUUCAAGAUUUCAUUGAAAAAAACCCACCUCCUAAAAAACCAUCAACAACAACAACAGAAGCUGGUUUUAAUCAAAAAAUGGUUGGUAAACCGAAAGCACCCGAAUUGCCAUUGCUGAUGCCAGGAAUGAUUGCAAUUGUCAAGAAUCCAAAUAGUCCUUAUCAUAUGUAUUGUGGGAUUGUGCAAAGGAUAACUGAUGGCAAGGCUGGUGUGUUAUUUGAAGGUGGGAAUUGGGAUAGGUUGAUUACUUUUAAGUUGAAUGAGCUCGAACGUCGUGAAAAGGGACCGCCCAUGGUUAGCCCGAGAUCGGUUAUGCUUGAAGACCUUGUAAAAGAGAGUAGCUCUUGAUCAUGUGUGGUUUAUAUAUAGUUUCUAUUUCUAUGGAAUAACUUAUUUAAUUUGUAUGUACAAAUGAUGAUGUUUGUGUUUCUAUAUGUAUCAUGUAUAGAGUUCUAUACAAAUAACCUAUGUUGUAUUGUUUUUUAUAACAAAAUAAGAUGAUGAAAUCCAACAUAAGAUUUGAAAA